CUGAACAAAAUGUCCCCUUGUCCCAGGGCCCGGCUUUUUGGUGGGACUGCUGCUGUGCUCCCCGGGAUCCCCCCGCUCCUUCCCGGAGGAGCUUCGGGACUCUCCAUCCAGGCACCGACACCUGCGCCCAGCCGGGAAAUGCAAUUUACGGAUUGCAGAGGAGGGAGUGGAAAAGAGGCGCCUGGAAAUCCCAGACUGCUGCUCGUGGGGGAAGGCCGCGAGGCUGGAAUACCGGCAGGGGAAAAUGCUGUGCCGGGAAUUUCAUCCAGCACCAGCAGGAGAGGAGGAUGCUGCCACCAUUUUAGCGGCGGUGCUCCCGCCGGCCGCGGCCAGAACUGGGGCUGGGGGAGCCGGGGCGGAGCGGGGCGGGGGGAGGAGGCGAUCGGGCCCCUCCAGCCCCAUCCCGGCUGCUGCCCCCCGCUCGCCCCCCCCGCCAGAGAGGCCUUCCUGUCCCCCGCCCGCCCUCCGGGGCCGGCCGAGCCGCGGGGAGGGGACGGAGAGGAGGGAUCGGGGUGUGCGGGCGCUUCCUGCCGCCGCCCCCGCCGGGGCAGAGCGGAGCGGAGCGGGGCGGGAGCUCGGCCCGGCCCGGCCCAGCCGAGCGGCGCUCCCGGUCCGAGCCAAACUUCCCGGGGUGCUCAGACAUACACGCAUAUAUAUAUAUAUUUAUAUAUAUAUAUAUAUAUAAUAUAAUAUAUAUAUUAUUAUUUUAAUUUUUUCGGCGCUUUCGGCGGGGCCCCCGGGGCGGAGCCGCCUUCGCCGCCGGGAGGGGCCGGUGCCCGCAGCGCCGGGGAUGGGCUCCGCCGGGGCGCCCGCCGCUUAGACCGGCCCGGCUCGGCUCAUCCCGGCCCGGCCCGGCCCGGCCCGGCCCGCUGCGCAGCAUGGCCGCGGAGCUCAGCGCCGAGGAGGAGCAGGCAACCAAGCAGUUCCUGGAGGAGAUCAACAAGUGGACAGGCCAGUAUAAUGUGUCCCCGCUCUCCUGGAAUGUGGCUGUCAAGUUCCUCAUGGCCCGCAAGUUCGAUGUCCUGCGGGCCAUCGAGCUCUUCCACUCCUACCGGGAGACACGGCUGAAGGAGGGAAUUGUGAAGCUGAAGCCACACGAGGAGCCGCUGCGCUCGGAGCUGCUCAGCGGGAAGUUCACCAUUCUGAGCGUGCGGGACCCCUCGGGAGCCUCUAUCGCCCUGUUCACAGCCAAGCUGCACCACCCCAGCAAGAGUGUGCAGCACGUGGUGCUCCAGGCACUCUUCUACCUGCUAGACCAAGCCGUGGAGAGCUUUGAGACGCAAAGGAAUGGGCUGGUGUUCAUCUACGACAUGGCAGGGUCACAGUACACCAACUUUGAGCUGGACCUCAGCAAGAAGAUCCUCAACCUGCUUAAGGGUGCCUUCCCAGCUCGGCUCAAGAAAGUUUUCAUCGUGGGAGCACCCAUGUGGUUCCGCGUGCCCUACUCCAUCAUCAGCCUGCUGCUGAAGGAGAAGCUGCGGGAGCGGGUGCAGAUGGUGAAGAUGUCGGAGCUGAAGGAACACCUGCCACGGGAAUGCCUCCCGGAGUACCUUGGGGGGUCCCUCAAACUGGACCCUCUGAGCUGGAACUGCCGGUUCCUGCCCCAGCAGAAUGGGCACCCUGACCCCCUGGACGAGCUCAUCCUGGUGCCGCUGGCGGCCCCCAAAGAUAACGGCUCUGUCCACGUCCCCGGGCCCAAGUCCAUGACCCUCCAGGAGCUACUGGAUCAUGUCAGUCACAAGCAGAAACAGGGCAUCUAUGAAGAGUAUGAAGAUAUUCGGCGCAGGAGCCCAGCCGGCACCUUUGUCUGCUCUUUGGCACCCUACAACCAGGAGAAGAACCGGUAUGGGGACGUGCCCUGCCUGGACCAAACCCGUGUCAAGCUGGCAAAGCCAUACAGUCGCCCGGAGCUGACUGACUACAUCAACGCAAGCUUCAUGGAUGGCUACAAGCAGAGGAACGCUUACAUUGGCACUCAGGGGCCUCUGGAAAACACCUAUGGUGACUUCUGGCGCAUGGUGUGGGAGCAGAACGUCCUGGUGAUAGUGAUGACAACCCGGCUAGAGGAGGGAGGCAGGAGGAAGUGUGGCCAGUACUGGCCCCUGGAGAAGGAUUUCCAGGUGUGCUUCGGGGCCCUGACCAUCACCAACCUGGGCGUGGAGAACCUCAGCCAUUACAAGAAAACCAUUCUGGAGAUCCACAGCUCGGAGACCAGGGAGCGGCGGCUGGUGUCCCACUUCCAGUACCUGAGCUGGCCAGAUUAUGGCGUUCCUUCCUCCGCCGCCACGCUCAUUGACUUUUUGGGGGCUGUGAAGCAGCAGCAGAGGGUGGCUGUCAGCACCCUGGGACCUCGCUUCAAGGGUCACCCGAGGGGACCACCGGUCGUGGUCCACUGCAGCGCCGGCAUCGGCAGGACAGGUACCUUUUGUGCACUGGACAUCUGCCUGUCGCAGCUGCAGGACGUGGGUACUCUGAACAUCUACCAGACGGUGCUACGCAUGCGGACCCAGCGCGCCUUCAGCAUCCAGACCCCCGAGCAGUAUUACUUCUGCUACACUGCCAUCCUCGAGCACGCCCAGCGUGAGGGCCUGCUGCUCGCCAACCACAGCCGGGCUGCCCAGGAGAAGAGUUCACCAGGGCACUGAGAUCCCCUGCCUCCCUGCAGACGCCCCCUUCCCAUCCUCUGGGGGCUGCCUGAGCUGCCUUGGUGUCUGCCAGGACUCAGCUGAGCUGUUGGGGCGGCGGUGCCAGAGCACCUCAGCUGUUAGCACUGCUGUGGAACUGUGCCUUAUUCAACCCAAACAGUAGCUGCCACUCGCCGGCACGGGAAGGGGCUCUUGCUCCUCCCUGUUGUGUUUUGGUUGGGUUUGGUUGCGUGUGGAGGUGGUUUGUCUUCUCUUCAAGUUGUUUUUUUUUUUUUUUUUUUUUUUAUUUUGUUAUUUUGUUGUUGUUGGGACCACCUAAGCUGUACCUAGAGAGGGGCUUUGCAAAGUUCUAGAAAAUGUAUUCCCACUCCUGGGGCUGGGGGAGAGGUGUGUGCUUUGGUCUGACCUGCCACUCCCUCUGUGUGUCUGUAUGUAUGUGUGUAUAUAAUAUACCCCUGCUCUGCUCCCCCGGCUAUUAUAUAGAUACAUAUAUACAAGCUCCCCUUUAGCAGCUCCCGAGGAUUCUCACUGUCCUGCCACCUCACUGCUGUGAUCCCUGGAGCGGUGAGUUUGGUCCUGGCUCUGUCUUAUCUUCCCCCUUCCCCUUUUUUCCCCUCAUGGGCAGCACUGGGACAUGGUACCCACUCUCAUGCCUGUCCCACUGGAGGCACGAGGAUGCUUGGUGGUGUCCCCCCCAUUUCCUUGUCUCAUCUUCCCUGUGGAGACAGCAGCUCUGCUCCCAGGAGGAUCUGGAGGAUUUGGGUUGUUGGAGGGGUGUGAAGCUCACAGGCAUUCCCUGCCCCUUGGGGCACCACCACAGGAGUCACUUGGUACGAGGUGAUGGGGACACAGGGACCAACUGGCUCACCAGGUUGCCUGGCUUUCCCAAGCAGCCACUGGGAACCUGCAGGCCCAGCCCUGCACUGAGUCACAGGCCGGGAAAGUGCUGAGCAAGAAUAAACCCCAAAACCUGGAGAGGCAAUGAGCCUUAGCCCCGGCCCCCACCACCACCUGGGCCUCCCCAGCUUUAUACUGUAAUAAGAUCUUUGAAUGUGUAUAUUCUUAUUUUUUUAUAAUCUUGGCGGGGGGGUGGGUAGUUUUCAUUUUGUAGUUCUUUUUUGGGUUUUUUUUUGGUUGUCUUUGUUUUUGUUUUUUUAAUUUAACAUUAACUUGAUCCAAACCAGAACCAGAAGUAUUUGUAAAUGUUCCUAUUUUGCUCCUGUUCAGAGAAACCUUUUUGUUGUUGUUCCUUUUUUGGGGGUUGUUUUGUUUUUUAUUUGUAUUGAUAUAUAAAUAUACUACCAGUGA